GUAUUUUUUUGUAGCUAUAAGAGGAAGAAGAAGGAACACCACGCAAAAGUAAAAUGGGUUUACUUUCGGAUCCUUCGUUGCCCACCCAAAAUAAAUUUGUAGUCAGCCUUGCCAAGCAUGUGCGGAAGUUAUGCUACGCCAUAUAUUUAUUGGGCGUCGUCUGGUUCUGUUGCUUGGCCCUUCCCGAAUUUAACCAUAGCACAUAUCUAUCCGAGAACGCCCUCUCGCCAGGCUUGGUCUAUCCAGAGAUACGUAUAGAUGCACAUCGUUUGGCCGUACAACUGCUGGAGGAAUUGCAACGCGAGCGUCAGGAUCAUAGAUCAACAACGCCGCACGCUUGGAUAGCGGCAAAGUUCCGUGAAUUAGGUCUAGAGACGCACAUUCAUAAUUAUACGUUGCGCUAUCCAUUCGGUGGUGGCAAAGAGUUUCAUGGAAAGAAUGUCUAUGGCAUAUUAAGAGCACCGCGCAUUGGUUCUACUGAGGGCGUGGUCUUCUCUGCCCCAUAUCGUGCACCCAGUUCGGUGCAUGUGGAUUUGGCACCAAGUGUGCCAUUAUUAAUGGCAUUUGCUGACUUUGCCAGACGCAAAAACUAUUGGGCGAAGGAUUUAAUAUUUUUGGUCACCGAGCAAGAACAAUUGGGCAUGCAGGCUUGGCUAGAGGCCUAUCAUGAGGGUGAUAGAUCUGAUGAUGGGCUUUCGGCCAACAAGUACUUGUGGGCUGGGAAUUUACCAGCCCGCGCUGGUUCUCUGCAAGCAGCUCUUAAUAUAGAAGUCCAGGAUCUUAGUGAUAUCGAAUAUGUCGAUGUGAAGAUUGAGGGACUCAAUGGGAAAUUACCAAAUUUGGAUAUGUUCAAUCUGGUGCAAAGAAUAAUGGCCAAGGAGGGGCUCACUUCGGGCUACAAGCAGGCACAUAAGCAGCAACUGUUAAAGAAAAGACGACGUCAAUCAUCAUCCAACUAUGAACUGAAUUUGCAACGCAUGGUCACAAUGUUAUUGAGUCAAAGCUCUGGUGUGCCCACUGGUAAUCAUGGACUCUUUCAUCGUUAUCGCAUCGAUGCUCUUACCAUAACGGCCAGCAAGAGGCAACAGAGUCACCACAAAUCAAACUCAAAUUCAGCUGCAGCCCUGCUAAAGGCCAUUGAGGGCAUUGCAAGAAGUUUAAACAAUUUGCUUGAGCGUUUCCAUCAGAGUUUCUUCUUCUAUGUGAUUAUUAAUAAUGAUCGUUAUAUAUCAAUUGGCGAUUAUAUGCCUGCUCUAAUGGCCAUGGUGGCCAGUAUUUUUAUCAAGGCAUAUUUAACUUGGUCUAGCCUUGCAUCAGCGGGCAAACCCACGCCCUAUGGCUCUGUGAUGAUAUAUCUAACUGCCAGUCUAAUGAUUGGGUAUUUAGGAAAUGUUCUGCCAUUGCAACCAUAUUUUCUGGAAUUACCAUUAAGUGCAGCUCCACUUACGACCUGCACCGUGGCCUCGCUGACCAUUAUUGGUAUAGUAAUGCCCUUUGUAGUCAUUUUACCACCAGGUGGCUUGGAGUUACUUCACAUUGCUCUCCUGCUCAUCUAUGGCUGCUCACUGAUAGUUAUCGGCUUGCUAAACUUUGCACUGGGCUUCUUUGUGGGAUUGGUUACAGUACCGCUGAUCAUAGCCCUGAAUCCAAUAGAGCAACAGAAAACCAAUCCAUUGUCCUUUAUCACAUUCCUACUGAAUCCUCUUAUUGUGAUCUAUGGCAUUGUUCUAGUUAUGACGUUCUAUCAGUUUCCCGAACUAUCCAUUCAGAAUAUAUUGCUUAGAGCAGCUUCAGCUUCAAUGGAUGCCUCCGCUUUUGCACUAAUUGAUUCUGUGAUCUAUGGCAAUUGGUUAUAUUUUGCCGUUUGUACAGCAUUUCUACCCUUAUGGAUUGUCACCUGGAGUUUGGCUUUAAGUAAGAGACGUCUUAUCUUUAGGCAUAUUGAUGAGGAUAUGGAGGAUCUAGACGAAAUAGAUGGAUUACUUGAAGAAGACGCUGCAGACCAAAACAAGUUAAAAACUAACUAAAUGAAAUUAUAGCAUUAUCAUAAAAAAAAUAUUACAAUUC